AUGUCGAAAACAGUGCAUAUAGGCUCGAAAAGCCAGUUUGACAGUCUACUUCGAUCCUCCAAGAUAGUAGUGACAGACUUCUACGCAGACUGCUAUCUCGACCAAAUAAGAUCACAUUUGCUAAGGUCGACACUGAACAACAACGGGAAGUUGCACAACGAUACGGAGUUACGGCGCUCCCUACUUUUAUUAUAUUCAAGAACACCGGAAAUCGUCGAAAGCAUAAAAGGAGCCGACCCACGAAAGCUCCAGGCGGUAGUCAAGAAGCUUUCAGCAGAAGCAGAUUCAGAUGGUGCGAAUGGAUUCGGGGAGGCAAGUAGCAGUGGUUCAGCAUCCUGGAUGGCUGCGAGUCUGCCCAAGGGCUACAGCGACGUGACGGAUCAAGUGGAUGUUCGGGGUCUCGACCUACUGAACUCGGCCAGCGAAUGUGGCACCGCGAGAACGCUUUUCGACAACAGCAAGCCGUCCGCGCUGGACAGUGGGAAGGGCAAAGGCAAGGGGCCUUCGAACGAGGAAGAGGAUAAGAAGGACUGGGUGGAGAGUGAUACGGAUGAGCAGCUCAUGCUCUACGUCCCAUUCAUGUCGACACUGAAGGUUCAUACGCUACACAUCACUUCCUUACCAGGAAAAGAUGAUGAUGAGCCUCCAAUGCGGCCGAAGACCAUCCAGCUUUAUUCGAAUCGCGCGCACGUACUAGGUUUUGAUGAGGCAGAAGACUUGCCAGCUACGCAGGCUAUUACGUUAAGCCCUCGAGAUUGGGACGAAAAGACUGGGACCGCCAAGGUUGAGCUACGCUUCGUCAAGUUUCAAAAUAUCACUUCGUUAGUGGUGUUCAUUGUUGAUGGGGAAGGGAGUGGGGACAAAGUGAGGAUCGAUAGGAUGAGGAUUGUGGGCGAGACAGGAGAGAAGAGAGAUCUGGGGAAGCUUGAGAAAGUUGGAGAACAUGACUGA